GUCUUAGUGGAACUGAGGUGGUCAAGGAGGGCAGGCACUCUGUCGUCCGCAUUGCCUUCCCGUUUCAUGUUACUAGACCAGCGCCGGGAGACAGCAGUGCUCAGGAGAAUUUGCUUUCAUGAAGUGUUUGACAACAUCAGGUUAAUAUCUAUUUGAAGUGUAAAAUAGGAACUAUCCACCAAUUGGAGCCCAUAAAAAAUGAUGGUCACAGGAGCUAACCAGCGAUGCUAGAGGUUAGACACCAGCUCCCUUCCUGUCACCUGGAGGCCUCCGCCAUGUGACUCCUCUUCUCUCUCUGCUCAUUUCCCUCUGCUUCUAGUUUUCGAAAUCUGAGUGUGUCUGAAUCACCUGUGGAACCUGUGGACAAAUUGCUGAGCCUCCCCUCCAGAGUUUGUGAUUCAGUGGGCCUCAAGGGAAGCCUCAGGACGGACAUCCAACAACUGCCCAGAGAGACCCUCAGGAAGCACUCAGUUUCUGAGGCACUCAACUUCCACAGAUAAAGGAACUAAGGACCAGAAACAGGACUUGAAGGCACCAUAUGAAGGAUUUUCUUGCAGUCAUCCAUGGAGGGCCUGGGUCCUCUAGAAAGAUGGUGCAGCAUCCUCCUGUUCAAAGUAUCAGCCUACUACUUACUGGAUGUGAGGAAGAGAAACUGACCCUCAUCCCAAACAAUGCUCAGAUCAUGACGGUGGAAAACAACUCAGUUAUCAUCACCUGUGAUGGGUUUUACCUCAUCUCUGUGAAGGGCUACUUCCAGGAGGAGGUCAGCAUUAGCCUUCAUUACCGGAUGCAUCAGAAUCCCAUCUCCAUCCCCCUGAGAAAGGACCUGCAGGCUGACUUCACCACAGUGGUCUCUUUAGCUUACAAAGACAAAGUCUACUUGAGCAUAAACUCUCCGAAUACCUCCUGUGAGGACUUCAGGAUGAAUGGUGGGGAACUGUAUCUCAUUCAGCAAAAUCCUGGUGGAUUUUGUAUCUAAUAAGGAUCUAACAGCAACACUUCCGAGCAGGAACCAGCAUGAACUCCAAGUUGGGGGUGGACAGGACAUAAAGUCUUCCUUGUGAGUGGAGAAGCCCUUUUAGCUCGACCAUGUGGGACAUGAACAGAGCAUAUGCGGUUCCACCCCCCCACACACUCAGGGAUAUUUAAAAUAUUGUUUUACCUACCAAUUAAUUUUAUUUAUCCUAUUCUAAGUCACCUAACUCAUCCCCCAUGACUGCUGAUUGCCUUGAGCCCACUAGGAACCUUUGUGAGAAUGAAAAACUCAGGUCCUCUUUCAUUCACAUUGCUUCUAUUGGUCAGGCGAUUGUCAAAAUAACCUACGUCACUGGAAAACCCUUGACUACCAUUUGCUGGAAGGAUGGUGUGUGUGGCAUUGUCAAAGUGAAGAGAAACAAGGAAUAGGGUUGUGAACCCUCGAAAGGUGGUAUCUACCAACCCCAGGGAACCAAAGAGGCCCCUCCAAGGUUAAUUGAUUCCUGUUUGCACAUUGCCUAAAUACUUCUUUCAUUUGCUGGGAAUUCAAAAGGAAAACCGUCCUGUGGAAAGCAGGACUUGAGAUAGCUGUCUAAGAAAUAUUGUGUAUGCAGGUGUUUUUCUUUACCAUG